CUCUCUCCCAUUUCUCCACAAGUGAUGAAACGUUUUUACCAUCAUGGUGGAGAUUUGGGAGGAGAUGGAAGAGGCAAGGAGGAGGAGGAGGAGGAGGAGAAGGGGAGAGAAAAAGGCGGAGGAGGAGAUGAAAAGGAGGAGAAGAAGCAGCAUCCUGGUGGAGAUUUGGGAGGAGAUGGAGGAGGCAAGGAGGAGGAGGAGGAGGAGGAGGAGAAGGGGAGAGAAAAAGGCGGAGGAGGAGAUGAAAAGAAGGAGAAGAAGCAGGUGGGCGAGGAAGGGAAGACGACGAUGAAGGUGGAGGAGGAGGAGGAAGUGAGGUGGAGUAGAGCUUCGAUAGCAACUUUGGUAGAGACGGCGGGAUCAUUAGAGGCUGUACCAGUGAGGUGGAAGAUAGCAGUGAAGGUGGUGCACGUCGUGCAUCAGAUAAGUGUACUGCUAUAA